AUGGCUAACAACUCUUUAACUGGCCAUUCUGCCGCUCAAGCUCUGGAUCCAGAUACUACUACUAUUCCUAUGUUUAAUAUCGAGCGCGUGCAACUACAGUUUUCAAUAGCAUCUGAAUUUGUUGCAGCACAGGUUGCAAAUAAUGUCCUCGUUUUAGCUUUGAGUAAUGGUCGGAUCUUGAGGAUCGACUUGGAAGACCCAGUUGACAUUGAAGAUAUUGAUCUACCUAAAAAGGUCACAGAAGUUGGUGUGAUUAGGCGUAUGUUCCUAGAUCCUACCGCCUCCCAUUUGAUAAUAUGCACAACACUUGGGGAAAACUACUAUCUCCACACUAAAUCAAGGCAACCUCGACCGCUAUCUCGAUUGCGUGGGGUUUCAAUUGAAGCUAUUGCGUGGAACCCUGCUCUACCUACAAUUUCUACGCGAGAGAUAUUAAUCGGCGCAUCAGACGGGAAUAUUUACGAAGCGUACAUUGAGACAGCAACUGAAUUCUACCGAAAGGAAGAGAAAUUUUUAAAAUGUUUACUUAAGAUCUCGGAUAGCUCGAUCACUGGAUUGUGGGUGGACGUAAUAGAUGAGGCACAAGGUCCCGAUUUUAGGAGAAUUUUAAUCACCACCGAGAAUAAACUGUUACACUUGGCGGGGAAAAUAGGCCGUGUGGGAACUGAGGGCGGAGCUUCAGUAUACACACGACUCUUCGAAAUAGAACAACCUAUAGUGCACGAAAUUUCAAAGGUUUACUCUUCAGCGACCUCUGAGCUUGUGAUUUCUCCCAAUUUCUUGGGUCGUAACCCUACCGAAAAUCCCAGCCCUGAGCGGUCGUUUGCCUGGCUUUCGUCACAAGGUACUUUCUAUGGGCCAUUAUUCACAUCAUGCAUUUCAGACUUGGGCAGUAGGACAUUCUCACAUGCCAAAAUGCUACCAUUAUCUCAAUUGCCAGCCUCUGAGCCUACAUCAAUCAGUCAAUGUAAAACACCGCAUGACACUAUUAAUUCCAUCGCGUUGACUCAGUGGCAUAUAAUACACUUAAUUGAAGGUCGAGUAAUCUGUACCAAUCAGCUGGAUGAUAGAGUAAUUUUCAACCAGGUUGUACUAGAUCCCGGCCAGAAAUCAAUAGGAUUAUAUUCAGACCAUCAGAAAAACACGUUUUGGCUACUCACAACUGAAGAAAUUUAUGAAAUAGUGGUCUCUGACGAGAAAAGAGAUAUUUGGAAGAUCAUGCUUCAAAGACAUGACUUUGAAUCAGCAUUCAAAUAUGCUCGCACCGUUGUUCAGAAAGACAUUAUUUCUACUGCAUCAGGUGACUACCUAAUCUCAAAAGGCUUGUAUACGGAAGCAGCAGUUGUCUAUGGAAAAAGUAGCAAGUCUUUUGAACAAGUCGCCUUGGGAUUUAUUGAUAACAAUCAGUAUGAUGCACUUCGACAGUAUCUUCUUACCAAAAUUAAUAUGUACAAAAAAUUAUCAGUUAUGCAGCGUAUGAUGAUUGCAAGUUGGCUAGUUGAAAUAUUCAUGUCAAAACUGAACUCUUUGGAUGAUUCUAUUGUAACUCAAUCCGGGAGCUUAGAAUCUCCGCUCGAACAGACGAAGAACCAAUUGGAUGCCACUCGGACUGAGUUUCAGGAAUUUGUUAAAAAAUACAAAUCUGAUAUCGACAAGAAGACUACCUACGAUAUCAUUUGUAGUCAUGGGAGAGAGGACGAGCUGAUAUUCUUCGCAACCACAGUGAAUGAUUAUAACUAUGUUCUUUCCUACUGGAUGCAGAGAGAACGUUGGAGAGAAGCCCUGGACCUUCUGAAGAGGCAGUCAAAUCCAGACAUAUUCUAUCACUACAGUUCUGCUCUUAUUAUCCAUGUUGGUGUGGAGCUGGUUGAUAUACUUAUGCGACACUCUGACCUUCAACCCAGAAACCUUAUUCCCGCUCUACUAAACUACAAUCGUGCCACUAAAGACCCUUUACAUCUAAACCAGGCGGUUCGCUAUCUGCUUCAUUGCAUAAAUAAAUUCAGCUCGACCGAUGCCGCUGUGCACAACACCUUAAUAUCUAUAUACGCCUCCAGCUCAUGUAAGGAUGAAACUGCAUUACUAUCUUACCUUAACUCUCAAGGUGAACAGCCUUUUUACGAUUCUGACUUUGCCCUUCGCCUCUGUAUUCGACACUCGCGUAUCCAAUCAUGUGUACAUAUCUACUCUAGCAUGGGGCAAUAUUUCCAGGCAGUUAACCUUGCCUUAUCUCACUCAGCUAUAGAUCUAGCUUCUAUAAUUGCUGAUAGACCCAUAUCUGAUCCGACCCUCCGUAAAAAAUUGUGGCUCGCUGUGGCCGAGAAAUACAUCUCACAAUCAAAUGGUAUUAAGGCCGCCAUGGAAUUUCUCAAGCGUUGCGAUUUAUUGAAGAUUGAAGAUUUAAUUCCAUUUUUCCCGGAUUUCAUUGUCAUUGAUGAUUUUAAGGAUGAGAUUUGUACAGCCCUUGAGGACUAUAGUCGCAACAUUGAUUCCCUCAAAAAGGAAAUGGAUGAAUCAUCAAAAACAGCAACUAAUAUUAGGAUUGACAUAGCUGCCCUCGACCGUCGUUACGCAAUUGUUGAGCCAGGUGACAAGUGCCAUACCUGCAGCAUGCCACUACUAAGUCGACAGUUUUUUGUUUUCCCAUGUCAACACGCUUUUCACUCUAACUGCUUAGGAAAAAAGGUGAUGGAGAGCGCUACAGUAACUAAGGCAAGAAGAAUUCGUGAGUUGCAGGAUCUGACCACCAAAGACCUUCCAAAAGGUGAGGUAAGAGAUAAGAUAAUUGCCGAGUUAGAUGGUCUUGUAGCUGAGAGCUGCAUACUGUGUAGUGAUUUUGCAAUAAAAAAAAUUGACAUGCCAUUCGUGUUACCUACAGAAAGCUUGGAUAGCUGGGCGCUCUGA